CGGUGCCUCGGUGAUUUCGAGUCGCUCGGAGUGUUCCGCGUGUUCGCCGGCGGUCGAGUGUUUCCGCCGGUGGAUACAUAUCGUCGCGAAAAACAAAACAAGAAAAAAAAAAUACACCGAAAACCGAAAAGUGGAACGAUUUUCUGGAGAGUCAUAAUCCCGAAAUACGAAUACCAAGGCAAUCUCCCGAACAUUGGAAUUUCCCGAAUUCCCCGAAAUAUUGGAAACAUGAGAUUGUACCGAAGUUCUCCGGCAUACAAUUGUGCGAAAUUACAAUACUGAUAUCGGCGCGACGAGGCGGUGGCUGAAAAAUUGCUGCUACGGACGAAAUGCAAGAGGAUAAUUGUUACUUCAAGCAAGCUGCUCGUCAGGAGAAUGUCUUGGUAUUCGGAUUUCGGGCUCGUGGCCGCCCAGGAAAUUGUCCAGUUUUUCGAGAGUUCGAUUUUGCGGGAGAACGCGUGUCCACUUUUCUCCGCGCUGGACGUUCUUUCAGUGCUAUCUCUCAAAGUGCCUGAUCAUUCUCCGACUCUUCAUACGCUGCUUAUCCGCGUCUCGGUUCCACGUCCGCGUUAGUCAGGACGCGAAGAGUUCGCAUGGUCAUUCGGAGGUCGAGUCGUUCGCCGACAAUGUUCGCGGGCACGUUCACCCGCGCGAUCGAGGUCGGGCUUCAGGUGAUCGGUAUCUGGCCAGGCGCGCCUUGCGCGAUCAUCAGUCGAAUCUUGUGGACCACGUCGAUGCUGGCCGCGCAGACCUUCCAAUACCGACAUAUGUUGUCGCAUUUACGUUCGGAAGAUUUGUCACUGCUAAUGGAUGGCCUGAGCGCGACGCUGUCGUACAGUUUGCUGUGUGUCAAGUUGAUUGUUUUCUGGACGAAACAACGAAUAUUCCACGACGUGAUAGCGAGCAUCUCGACGGACUGGGAGGAAUGCGGAGAGACUGGCGACGCCCUGUGCAACAUGAUCAACGUGGCCAGCCUGUCUCAUCGUUUCUCCAAUUUGAUCAUCGGCCUGCACUCGAUGGCCGUGCUGUUCUAUUGCGUCGGGGUGGUCGCGCUGCGCACCAGCGGCGCCGGUCAGGACGACGUCGAGCGUGAGCUCUUCCUCAAGAUGGAUCUACCCUUCGAGAGUGACGCGUCGCCGGUUUAUGAGCUCGUAAUGACCACGCAAUUCCUGCAUCAGAUGACGUCCGCCACCGUGAUCGGCGUGCUCAGCGCGCUGCUCGUUACGCUGGUGCUGCACGUAGGCGGUCAGAUAGACAUCCUGCGUGAGAGACUGCUAGAAAUUCUGCCGAAGGACAGGAAGCCGACUGUAUCCGUGAUCACGAUGGGCUCGCUGAUCCGUAAGCACCAAAGCAUCAUCGUUUUCACCGGGAAAAUCGAGAACCUGUACUCGCACAUCGCGCUGGCGCAAUUCAUAUCGAACACCCUUGUUAUCUGCUGCUUAGGAUUUAUCAUCGUCAAAUCGAUCAACGACGAUCAGAGCUUCUCUAUGCUAGUGAGGUCUCUAUUGUUCUACGUCGUCAUCAAUCUGGAGGCGUUCAUCUUCUGCUUCGCCGGCGAAUACCUAAGCGUCAAGAGCAAAAUGAUCGGCGACGCGGCGUACGAGUCUCUGUGGUACGAUUUGACUCCCAGCGAGACCCGGAUCCUGCUGCUCUUGAUAAUGAGGUCACAGAAGCAAUUGACAAUCACGGUCGGCAGCUUCACGAAUCUCUCUCUGCAGCAAUUCGCGAACAUCAUUAAAUCGUCAGCUUCGUACGUCUCCGUGCUUUACGCGCUGUAACCAGCGGCGGUGCCGACUCGCCGACUCUCUCUCGCCGGUCGAUAUUUCCCUGCGUGGCGAUACCGCCAUCGCCGACAUCAACCCACCACCGUUUGCGAACCGUUUGCUGUCCCGUAAGUCUCGGCAUAAUUUCUCAAAGCGUUACUUUAUUUUGCAAUAAAAGUAUGCGAUCAACUGCGAGCACAGCGUGUUCGUUU